AUGUCAAUCUCGCCGUUCUUCCGGUCACCGUACACAGAUGUGACUGGUGGCAUGAUUUCCCAUCAGAUGUUGGGUCGUUGUCAGAAGGAGGAAGCCCGAUACAUGGACUGCCUGGAAGCCUACGGCUUGGAACGUGGAAAGGUCAAAUGCGCACCCCUGUUUGGUGAUUACCAUGAGUGCCACACACUAAACAAGCAGUUCAAGCGGUUUAUAGCAAUUCGCAGAGAACGUGAGAAACAAAUUGCUGAGGGCAAGCUUACAGGAGAUGAUAGAUAUGUAACCCCAAAAAUCGACAGUUAUUAA